GAAAUCCAAUCAUUCAAUUUUGACAUUUCGUUCACCAUUUUAUUCGUAAAUUUGUGUAAAAGGACUACGCAUUUAUUUUGUUGUGGAAAAUCAUCAACCCAAUCAUACCUUUAUUCUAAAAGAGUUUAGAAAACCCUUUUAAGAUUUGCACAUUUCAAGGUGUACCUCAAGGCUACGCCCUGAUUUGUAUUAGAACGAUUGUUUGACUUUGUGUUCAACAUAGGCCUAUCAGACACUGCGGUUAUGGAUAUGAUGGUGUCGACGUUGCAACAGCAGCGUGCUGUCACGGAGCAGCUACGCCGUGAAGCGGCUAUCAAACGGAUCCCGGUUUCUGCUGCGGUUGCGGAUAUCGUAAAGUAUAUCAAUGAACAUGAACAAGAGGAUUGCCUGCUCGUCGGCUUUUCCAGUCAAAAAGUAAAUCCCUUCCGCGAGAAGAGUUCCUGCACAGUUCUUUAAAAUAAAUUUUUUUUUCUAUUUAUACCUUGUCGAAAAUGUGAAUUGUGAAUUGAUGGCAUCUUUGUUUGAUUAACUAUACAUGGGUGCGUACUCAUCUAUGUAUACAUUUGAUGUUAUUAUUUGGGUAUGUAACAGCUUCAUUAAGCAUUAGUAUUUUCUACAUCUAAUUAUUUGUGAAGAUUCUAUGUAUAAAACAAUGAGGUAUUUAUUAUCAUUAUUCUGUACUACUAAAGAAAGGUAUGAUAUACAUAUAUAAUGAAAUAAAAAUUUUAAAAAUC